GUCAGAAUAGGAGAAGAUUUCAAUAGCACAGUUACGCUUGAUUGCGGUUGGUGUGAUUUACUGUACUUGUAAACAGGGAAAGCAGGAUGACCAAAUCAAAAGAAAAAAAGAGAGAAAAAAUUAGCGUCGCCAGUGAGAUUGACCGUAUCGAGGAACGUCGGGCGCUUUGCCAGGAUAGCCUUGAGAGGGCCGAGUUCAGGAGGCGACGAGAGGAGCUGUCUGAGCAGGACAGACAAGCUCUGGAGGAUGAAAUGACCAUUAUGACAGAAAGGAUCCAAAAAUAUGAGUGUGAGCUGGAGAUGCUGCGAGGGGAGAACAGGCGGAACAUGUUGCUGUCUGUGGCCCUGCUGGCUAUCAGCGUGCUCUUGUACUACGCCCUCAUCAACUAGGACUCUUCAGAGACCCCCCCCCUUGCUAUGCCUUCAUCAGCGGCAGCCAUGUGCGUUUCCAGCCCUACACUGCUGUGUGGUUUGGUCUUCAUUCUUGUUUUUAGGGACGCCGGCAUCACAAAGUCAAGUUAUCCUGUGCUUCAGGUGUAAGUCAAUCACUGAUUGAAUGUAACUCUACAACUGACAGCAUUCUCAGACUGGAAGCACCUAUUUCUUGGUAUAGCGAAUCACUGCAUUGAUCGUCAGAGUCUUCCAUAUAUGUACUGCUGUAUGCCUUCAUUUACUGAUGUUGUCUUUCCAUCUGUAUAUUAUUAUGCCUUGACCGGUUUAAUACUGAGAAUGUUGUGCUGGAGACCUGCUUCAGCUGAACCCCUCUGAAACACCUUGAGCUUUUGAGUAACAGUGCAAGGCACUGCCAGUGUGCAGAGGGGCAGGUUGAAGAAAUUAGGAUUAUUGUACAAAUUCAGAACCACUUGCACAUGUGCACUUACUAUCAUGCAGUGAUGCUAAUUAGCUGUGUUGGCCUUAUGGUUCACAGAAUGUUUGAUGAUUUUGAGAGUAUUGCACUUAUAGACAAGUAAUUACCGUUACCAAUGCCAAAUACAGAAAGGCAAUAACUGUAACAUUGCUCUCACACUGUGGUCAUUUUAUAUCAGUUUGCAGUUAUGUGCAGCAGCUUUAAUAGGUAGUAUUUUUUGAAAGAAGAAAUCUGAAUUUGAGUUUAUUUAAGUACAUUACAGAGAUGCAAAACUCUAUUUAAAGCAAAGGGCAAGCUAUUACAUGUAAUAUGAUUGACAGUGUUACAAUUAAUUACUGCUUAAUAUCGUGCCUGUAUGUGCCAGCAUUCAUUUGUGGGACGUUCAUAAUUGCAUCUUGUUUGACACUUUUGACCACUAGAUGGCAGAGUUGCACAUUGCAUUGUUGUACGUAGGCCUUUGGGAAUCUUUGUGCUUGUUUUUCUUCAAAGCAUGUCACCACCAUCUUUUGCUUUCAUUGCAAAAACGGCUAUUUGUUGAAGUAAUACAUGUUUACAGUUAUGUAUAAUUGUAAUGUGGGUUGUUGUUCUAUAAUUUAUGGCAUAUAAAUCAUGGCAUGAUUUGAGCCACAUUUUUGUUUGUGCAUUUACAUUUAUUCAUGUGGCAAACACUUUUAUCCAAAGCAGCUAAGUGAAAAUGCAAAUCUGCAUCCUCCAAACCUAUACAGAAUGCAAACCUGCAAACCAUGCAAACCUGCAUCCUCCAAACCUAUACAGAAUGCAAACCUGCAAUCCAUGCAAACCUGCAUCCUCUGAACCUGCAAACCAUGCAAACCUGCAUCCUCCAAACCUAUACAGAAUGCAAACCUGCAAACUCUUGCAAGAUAUUCAGUAGGCUUCUAUGACAUGGGGGACUCAGCAGUCUCUGACCAAUGGAAUGCACCAUGUACUGUCUUUGUGUACCAUGUAAUUUUCUCUCUCCUGAAGUGUAAUUAACUAGGGUGUAUUUGAUGUUAUGGCUGCACAAGAGCCAUUCUGUAACAUGUGCCGUGCCUGCAUGGAUUCCUGUAUUACAAUGCAUGCGCAGCUGCAGCUGACGCUAGCCACUUGCACUGCAGUGUCACCAUAGUAACUGUGCUGAAGGGCCACAGCUGGAGAAUCAGAUCAACGAGAAUACUCAUGAAGCCAUUAGCUGCAUGGAUGUGGGGAGCAAACUGGUUUUAAAAUGGUUAGAAAGGACAACUGAUUAAUGAUCACAGAAAUGUCACUAUUGGAUCUAACGUACUAAGUUUGCAUCCAGUUUUAAAACAUUAUGUUUCUAUAAAUA